AAUGGCACAUUCUUGUUCACUUUGUUCAGCCAACACUAACAUGGUUUUAGCCUAAGAGGGAGGAAAACUCAAACCUUCCGUGGUGUGCUAGAAGAAGUACUAUUUGUACUUAUCAUAUGUCUUUUGUUUAUUACUUUUAAAAAUAAAGGCAUAGUUGUAUGUGGAUCUCACUAGGCUGAUGGUAUCUUGCAUUCAGUCCAAUAAGUAGACUUGUAUUAGUGGUAGAAAAACAAAUUAUUGUCACAUUAUAUCGGCGUGUGUUCUGUAAGAACAGAUCACAAAUGGUUAGUUAUUCUAUGAAAAUAGUUUUAAAUUUCUGACAAUUGAUAGCAACAUUACUAUAGAGGAUUUCAACUGAAAUCGGCUUUUUUAUGAACCACUACUUAAAAGGGUCAAGAUGGAUAGCACAGAUGAACCUCAGAAAAAAGUCUUUAAAGCACGAAAAACAAUGAGAGUAAGUGAUCGACAGCAACUUGAAGCUGUCUAUAAGGUUAAGGAGGAGUUGUUGAAGACAACUGAAGUUAAACUGUUAAAUGGAAAGCAUGAGAAUGGAGAUUCUGAUUUAAAUUCCCCUUUAAGUAAUACAGACUGUAUGGAGGACAAGAGGGAAGUUAAUGGCCUAGUGGACUUGUCUGUUAACUCUGAAGAAGGAAGAACAGCUUCUGAUGAAAUUAGUGAAGCCAAAAGUCCUGAAAGUAGGACAGGGAACAUAGUCCAUGACAUAGAACCCAAAGCUCUAACGCUGUCUCCAGGAAAUGUUACUCCUGAGCAAGAUAAAGAUAUUGAUACUGCUUUAGCUCGUGAGGCUGAAAAUGGAGUGCUUGGUAGCAAUAAAGAUAACUUCCAUGAAGAAAAUGAUACAAAAGAUCAUUUGGACCAAAGAGAGUGUGCCAUCCCAUUAGAAGAUGAAAGUAAAUCAAUCUGUGAUAUUGGUGUCUCUUCUGAAGAGAAGGGAGAAAGGAAGGACUUAACUAUUAAUUCUGAUUCAUCUGGUGAGGAAGAGAGGACUGAAAAAGCAACUGUUGAAGAUGCUGUUGGAGAAGCAGCCAUCUCUAGCAGUAUGGAAGGUGACCAGGAACCAAAGGACAAACGAGAUGGCAUUGCAGGUCUUUCAGAAACCACUGUUCAGAAGAUGAUAGAUGAGCCAAGUGAAAGUAUCUUGGACAGUACUGACUCUAUGGAAACAGAUGAAAUUAUUCCAAUUUUGGAAAAACUAGCCCCUGCUGAAGAUGAACUGAGCUGUUUCUCUAAAAGUUCUCUGCUUCCAGUGGAUGACACAGUCCCAGAUUUAGAAGAGAAAAUAGACAACUGUUUGGGUUCACCAUCCAAGCAGGAAAGCAAUGAAAGUCUGCCAAAAGAGGCUUUCUUAGUACUGUCUGAUGAAGAGGAUCCCUGUGAUGAGAAGGAGGAACAUGCUGAAGUGAUACUACCAAACAAGUCAAAUCUUCCAGAAGUGGAAGAGGAGAAAAGAAAGGAGAGUGAGGAGGAUAAAGAAGAAGAGGCCCACAAAGAAGAGGAGAAACAUGCAGAGAGAAGUGAAGCAUCAAGGAGAAAGCGUUCCAAAUCUGAGGACAUGGACAGUGUUCAUUCUAAACGUCGUCGGUACAUGGGAGAAGAUUAUGAAGCAGAACUCCAAGUAAAAAUUACAGCCAGGAGGGAUGUUGACCAAAAAUUACAAAAGGUUAUCCAGAGACUGUUAGAAGAAAAACUUACUGCUUUACAGUGUGCUGUAUUUGACAAGACUCUGGCGGACUUGAAAACCCGAAUAGAGAAAGUAGAGUGUAACAAGAGGCAUAAAACUGUGCUUACUGAACUACAGGCUAAAAUUGCUAGAUUGACAAAGCGGUUUGGAGCAGCCAGGGAGGACUUGAAGAAAAGACAGGAAAAUUCACCAAAUGCACCUCUGUCUCCAGGGAAAGCACCAAGUGACACUGCAAACACAAACAAUGUGACAUAUCGAAAUGCUGGCACAGUGAGACAGAUGCUGGAGUCAAAAAGGAAUAUAGCAGAGAGCACACCUGUGACUUUUCAAGCCCCUAUGAAUGCGGUGCCAGCAUCCAGUCUUGCUGCUCCUCCAGCAAUUGUCAGCGGACAUCCUAAGCCUCAGACUCCAGUGACCUCCACCAGCUCUUUGACAACAACAGUUAUUCCCACUGCUAAUACAGCUACAGUUGUAGGCACUAACCAAGUGCCCAGUGGCAGUGCGCAGUCAGUGUCUGUCUCAUUGCAGUCUUUGCCCGUAAUCUUGCAUGUACCUCUUGCAGUGUCAUCCCAGCCUCAGCUCCUGCAAGGCCACACAGGGACUUUGGUCACUAACCAGCAGUCAGGCAACGUUGAAUUUAUAUCCGUACAAAGCUCAUCUACAGUUGGUAGCCUUACCAAAACUACAGUGUCUUUGGCAUCGACUAACCCAACUAAACCAAAUAACAGCCCAUCUGUGCCCAGUUCUGGUAUUCAAAGGAACUCUCCAGCCACUGCUGGGUCAAUAGGCACAACAUUGGCAGUACAGGCUGUUUCUACUGCACAUCCUGUUGCCCAGGCUACAAGGACUUCUUUGCCCACAGUGGGUACUUCAGGACUUUAUAAUGCUACCAGCAGUCGAGCCCCCCUACAGAUGAAGAUUCCCCUCUCUGCAUUUAGUAGUACAGCUCCUAUUGAACCACCCACCGUUACAGCGCCCAGAGUUGAAAACCAGACAAGCAGGCCACCAACAGAUACUUCGGCAAACAAGCGAACUGCUGAAGGAACAACCCAGCUCUCAGAACAAAAAGUAGUUCGCUGUGUGCCGUAUACCUGUGGCAUAUUUGAUGGUACAACUUUGAUCAAUUGUUUCGAAAAGCAGUUGAAACAGGAAGAGACUUCAUCAGAAAAAAAAGAAGCAGUAGAAGCAGCACAGACGAAUUUUAACUUCCCCGAGGAUGUCCUCUUUGGCUUGGAGGAAGAGGAAGAGGAUGCUAAGAGCAUCAAAAACACCCACAAGCAGACUGGUUGGGCAGCUAACGUAUUAAAACAAUGGCUGGCCAAAAAUGGCAAGGAUCCUAGCUUUGAAUUGGUACCAGUAAAUGAACUCAAUGAUACCUUAAGAGAGUUUUAUUACACAGUAAGGAAUCAUGAUGGAAAUACCUACAGUGUGGCAAGCUACAAGUCAAUACGUGCUGGCUUAAACCGGCAUCUCAGAAUGCCACCUUAUAAUCGUCAGAUUUGCUUAAUGAAGGACAAAGAGUUUGCUAGUGCAAACAUGGUAUUUGUGAGCGUGCUGAAGAUGCUGCGCAUGCAGGGAAAGGAUGAGACUCGCCACCAUCCUCCUAUAGCUGCUGAGGACUUGCGUAAGAUUAAACAAUCCGGUGUGCUGGGAUUGCACAGUCCACUGGCACUCGUCAACAAGGUGUGGUUUGAUUUGCAGUUGCAUUUUGCCAAACGAGGGAGGGAAAUUUUAAGAGAUCUGGCUCCAGAUGCUUUUGUUGUUGAGAAGGACAAGAACGGGCGUCGAUAUGCUAUGUUUAGGUAUCCUGGCAAAGGAAAAAAUGGAGAAGAUCCUCAUAAAAUGGCUAAAAUGUAUGAUAUGCCGGGGGACCCAAACUGUCCUGUUUUUUCCUUGGAGCUUUAUUUGUCUAAGUUGCCUCCAGAGCCCCCUGCCUUUUACCUGCAUCCUUUAAAGCUAACGUCAGAGCAAAUGCAAGAACAGCCUGUCUGGUACAAAAGAGAACCAAUGGGUGUGAACUUCUUAAGUACCAUGAUGCCCAGGAUAAGUGUGGCAGCCAGGCUCUCUCAACGAUAUACCAAUCAUUCUCUCCGAACUACCACCAUCCAGCUACUGUGUGAAGCGGGACUGGGGCCUAGAGAAAUAAUGGCAGUGACAGGCCAUCAGUCCGAGUCUGCUAUUAGACACUACUGGGGAGCUGCGGAAGUUCGCUACAGGGCUUGGUCAGAUGUAAUGGAGAAUAAUGCCCCCAAUUACCUAUAUAGCAAGAUCCCAAAUGAAGUGAUAAAAGAAUCACUGUCUGGUGCCUCAACCUCUUCUGUAAACCACGUUGUUCUAGAACAAAGCAAAAUUUUAUUCCCUAAGAAAUCUGUGGUGCCGCCUGGCACUAAUUCUGUGACUUUAGUCCCUGAGGGACACCCAGCUCUGAAUUCCAAAAGCUCCAUCCUGUUGAACCACAGUUCUUCUAAGGUGUUUGUCCCCACGAACACGGCCAGUGGGAACCUAACUGCUGGUCCCCUUCAAGGCUGUUGUAACGAACCUGUCUCUAUAAAGCAUGUGAUAAAACAAGAACCAAUGACUUGAUGCUUCUGUAAUGGAACUGAUUUCAAAUUAAUUGCUAAAAUGGAAAAAUUACCAGUUUUGUUUUUUUCACUUGGUCUACUAAGGAAAUUUCUUAUGGUCUAGUUCAGCAAGAAGUAUCCUGUUCGCACUCCUGAAGUGACCUAUGGAACAGAAAAACAGAGCAGGGCUUGGAGUUUGUAUGACUUUCUGUGGCAGCUGGGACUCUUUAAGUGGCUGAGCAGAGCUAUUUUAAAAAAAGAAAGGGAGAUACUGAUUUCCACUUAGCUGAAGAGCUACGCUUUCUUCACUAAGUGCAUGGCUUUUAUAUUCUGUGAAGAGUGUAUUUAUUAUACCAUUUUGUGCCUGCUGGCACUAAUGUAGCAUCUGACAAAUCAAAUACUUGAUUACUGAAGAGCACGGAGAAAGUAGAAGCUGAAUGAAAUAGACACAGAUACACUACAAAUAUAUACAUAUGCAUGAAAACACCUGGAAUUGCUUGACCACUGUCACCCUCUCUGUUCAAAUUGUUAUCAGAUCUACCAGAGAAUUGUGCCUUUUCUAAAAAAAAAAAAAAAAAAACCCACAAAAAAACCCCCACCUACUAAAUCGAUUUUUUUCUGUGAGCUACAGAUUUGUAUUGCAGGUCUUUCCUUUUCCUAUUUAAUAUUUCUGGCUAAGAUUUCAGUCAUUCUGUUCUCCAAAGGCACUGUUUGAUACAAAUGAUAGUAAAAUUGGGAUCUCUUCAGUUGUGCAUGAAAUGGGGAAAAUGAUCUCAAAAGAGUUGAGAACAGGUUUGUUGCUUAAAUGACAAGUAAUAAGAGUUGAAGUGUUGUCUGUGUAUGUGCUUAUUUUGUGAGAGAUGUUUUUGUAUUUCCUCUCACCCCUUCCAUUACCUUUCACAUUGUCUUUGCAGUAUAGUCAGUAUAGUCUUUGUCAGUAUAGUAUAAUUCAGAAGCGCAUCCUGUUCUUCCCCACCAUACCCUAUCCAAACAUUAUUUAUGGUUUUAACCUCUUUAGAUUAGUUCACUGUAGUAAACUGAUCCUAUCAUUACAUUUUUCCCUAGGAGAUUUUUACAGGUUAGAAAUUCUCAGGAUAGUGGAUGUGAAUUUUGUCAGAGAAAUGAAAUUGUAGUUUAAAAGGCUCUUUAAUAAAAAAGAAUUACAAAUUAGGAGGGCUAGUCAUAGUUUGUUUUUAAUGACUCACACUAACUCAUGGUUUGUCUCCGCUAAUCUAUGUCAUGAUUUUUGUCAGAGAUUCUGACAAAUUGAGAGAUCGUCUGUAAAUAAAAAUGGAAAACAGGUCAUCAAAUCACAAAUUAUGGUAGGUCCACUUUGGAAGAAGAAACGGUGUAGCAUUUAAAACUGUUUUCUGUUAUAUUAACUGAAUGAAAUAAGAACAGCUUCAUCCUUUUGAAAUGCGUGUGUGUAUGUGCGUACACACAUGCCCGCACACACAGUUUCUCGCACUAAGGACUUCACUGGAAGUGUUUAUGUUGCUCAGCAGUGGACAAAAUAGGGAAAAAUCCCAGCUGAAAUAAUAAAUUGACCACAAUAAACUCUGAAAUCUGUGGAGAAAUUCCUUGCUGGGAAAGGCUUUCAAAUAUUGAAUGAGAUUUACCACUUUGUUGUAGUCCGAACAGAGAACUUGAUGCCUGAACUUUGGAGUUUUUAUCUUGGCUGAUAACGUUUACCUUUGUGGCCUUGGGUAGGUUAUUCAUACUUACUGCAUCAAUUUUCCAAAGUGUAAGACCAUGACAGUAUGUUCCAUUUUCUGAUGGAUCAUGUUGAAGAUUAAAAGGUUUUGAAAAGUGCUAUAUUCAUCUUACGUAUUGUGUUUACAGUCACUUUUAUUUGCUGUUGUUACAAUGAUUGAGCUAGUUGCUCAGAUAGAAUUGUUAAUAUAAAAAUUACUUCUGCACAAUCAUAC